CUUCUCUCUGGUGGCAUCCAUGGUGGCACCGCACGCAAGAGCGUUCUGCGCAUGCGCAGACACGUCAAAGUUCCGUGACAAGGUCGAAUUUCGUAAACAUUGCGUCGGGGCGCUGUUGUCUUCCAUACAACUGUCUCUACCGAAUAUUAACUAAAAAAAUAAGCGAUUUUAUGCAUGCGUAGGUCACGUGUGAGGUGUUGUAACGCGUUGUCUGCAGUGUCCGCGGAAGGAGGCGUGUCUCCCGCGUCUGCGGUUACAUUGUGACACCGGAGUUCAUUAAGAUACAGAUACAGAUUAGAUCAGAUCUGACCGACACUCGUCACACCAGUCUGUGGUGGAUAAGGAAGUAAAAUGAGUGCAGCUCUCUUACACAGACUGAAGCCCGCAGUGAGUUUAGCGAGCCGCCUGUGGAGCUGCAAACCCCCGCGGAUCGAGCCGAGCAGCGCAGCCGCCUCAGUGAGACUCUACAGCGGACUGAUGGAGCCCCGAGCGCCGCUCUUCAGACAGCUCUUCGAGUCUGAGAGCAGCACGUACACAUACCUGCUGGCGGAUGCUGACAGCCGAGAGGCCGUUCUGAUCGAUCCAGUGCUGGAGACGGUGGACAGAGAUCUGAAGCUCAUCAAUGAACUGGGCCUGACGCUCAAAGUGGCCUUGAACACUCACUGUCACGCCGAUCACAUCACUGGCACCGGACUCCUGAAGAAGAAGGUGUUUGGUCUGAAGAGUGCCAUCUCCAAACACAGCGGAGCCGCUGCUGACAUCCAGCUGUCGGAGGGAGACCGCAUCAGCUUCGGCAGACACAGUCUGACGGUGCGAGAGACGCCGGGACACACAGACGGAUGCGUGACGUACGUCUCUGAAGACGAGCGCAUGGCCUUCACCGGCGACGCUCUGCUCAUCCGCGGCUGCGGACGCACCGACUUCCAGCAAGGUAGUCCUCAGAGACUGUAUGAGUCUGUCCAUAAGAAGAUCUUCAGUCUGCCGGGACACUGCUUCAUUUACCCUGCUCACGACUACAAGGGGCAGACCGUCUCCACCGUGGAUGAGGAGAAGAAGUUCAAUCCGCGGCUGACGAAGUCUCUCUCUGAGUUUGUGAACAUCAUGAACAACCUCAACCUCCCCAAACCUAAGAAAAUAGAUAUAUCGGUGCCUGCGAACCUGGUGUGUGGACUUCAUGACGUCUGAACGUGGACCAACAAAGCUGACGUUAAUCAAAACAAAAAACACUGUUUAAGAAUAUGUUGGGAUUUUAUUAAAUACUUGACUAAAUCUGUGUAUAAUAUCACGCUUGGAGUAAUGAUGAUCAAGUGCUCUUGAAAUGUGAAAUGCAUCUAAUCAUAUAUUUGGUAAGAGAAGUCUCCAUUUAAUCUGUUUUUAAUAAAUGUUGGUCAGUUUUUCGCCUC